AUGCUCCACAAUCUGGCCGACGCUGCACGCCAGUGCAAUCUCCUCCGCACCUUUGGUUUAUUUGCCCUCCUCGCUGUAGCCACCCCGACAACAGCUGCAGCCAUUUCUGGUAAACAUACCCUGACCAAGAAUGGAUCGGGAGACUAUGCCCAGUACCGAAUUGUUGCCUUGGCAAAUCUAGGAGAUGGCGUCCUCCUGGCAUCCUAUGAUGGGCGUCCCGAUGGAGGAGAUUCCCCAUCUCCGAACUCAAUCCUCCAACGACGUAGUACCGAUGGUGGUGUGUCAUGGGGCGAGCCAACAGUCGUCGCCCAAGGUCGAGCCAAGACGUCAACAUUGCAGCAGUACGGCUUCAGCGACCCUAGCUACGUGGUCGACAGCAAGACUGGAAAGGUCUUUAAUUUCCAUGUCUUUUCGAAGAACCAAGGAUUCCUUGGUAGUAAGAUUGGAAAUGAUGACACCAAUCUGGAUAUCACCAGUGCUGAAGUCUCGGUUUCAACCGACAAAGGACUUACUUGGAGCACUGACCCAGAUCACCAACCUUCUUUGCCCCCUGUCGCAUCUGAUACUGAUGGUGCCCCCCCAUUGAUUACUCGCGCAAUCAAACCUGUGGGCAGCACCUCCAAUGGUCACGACAAUGUGGGCGGCGUUACCGGCCUUUUUGCUUCGUCUGGAGAAGGCAUUCAACUCAAAUAUGGUGCGCACGCUGGACGCCUGAUUCAGCAGUACCUGGGCAGGGUCAUUCAAGAAGACGGCUCCAGCGCAUCGCAAGCCUUCAGUGUCUACAGUGAUGAUGGUGGUGCGACGUGGAAGAAGGGCAAUUUCAUCGGCACUGGGAUGGACGAGAACAAAGUCGUGGAGCUGUCUAAUGGCGAUGUGAUGCUGAACUCACGUCCCAGUGAUGGCAGUGGUUAUCGCAAGGUUGCCAUCUCAACCGACGGAGGUGUCACCUAUUCAUCCCCUAAAUCCGAAACCCAGCUCCCCGAUCCUGCAAACAAUGGAGCCAUCGCACGAAUGUAUCCUGAUGCGGCGCAAGGUUCAAGCGAUGCCAAAAUUCUCCUCUUUACUAAUGCCAACAGCAAAACAAGCCGUUCGAAUGGCACCAUUCGUUAUUCUUGCGAUGAUGGGAAGACAUGGUCUUCUGGUGCAGUCUUCGAGUCUGGCGCAAUGGCGUAUUCCACUGUCACCUCGCUUGGCAAUGACAAGGUCGGCAUUUUCUACGAGGGCCCGAGUAACAAUCUCAUCUUUAUUGAGGUCUCCAAGGAGUUUAUUGGUGUGUCCUGCUGA